GGGCACAGUGCCCAAGCGCGGCCAACCGGCUGGUCUCGGUCGGGUGCGCCAGUUGCGUGCUGCGUCGCGAACCGCGUAAGAAAGCACCGCUGGAAAUCAAAACCAAAUACCAAAUCUCGCAAAUCCAGGCCUGACGGCUCCGCCCCAGCUCCAGCUCCCACCAGACUCGCACCCAGCGGCCCGCGCUCAACAGCGACUCGCAGUAGACGCCAUAUUGAUGUCAAGUGUCGUGGCCACUCUGGGAUUUCCACGUCGCCGUCCUGCCAUCGUCGCCACCCGAUUGUUUGCGUCCAAGCCAGCGCUGCCGUCACGGCUCCUUUCCAUUGUAUUUUCGUGAGAGGGCCCCAUCCGCACCUCGGGUUAGUCAUGAGCAACGCCAGACUGGACACGCCCACCACGCACCACACGGCCUCCAUUCGACCAGGGCUCGUCUGCCCCCACCCUGGCGCCCACGGCCAAGGCCACCGCGCCGGUCACUGCCACUGCCACUGUCACUGCUUCCCACCACUUCAGCCCGCGACAAUCUCGUCGCGUCUUGCUGCGAGCCCGACUGCCACGCCGUCGUAGCCUGCCACCACCAUGAACGGAGCACCACCGAGGCACGGCGACCGCGCCUCCGCCCGUGACCAGCAGCACCCCGACGCGCCUGCUCCCGACAACAGCCGCCGGGCCGUCUUCUCGCUCCCCUCGCUCCGCGGUACGGACACCCACCCGGCCUACACGCAGCCCCUCACCGGGCACGCCGCGUCGUCGGGCUUUCCGGGCUCCUCCCUGAGCAGCAGCAACAACACCAACUACACUAUUGCCAGCUCCCACUCCUCCGCCGCGGACAGGGCCCCCUCGCAUGCCGCCCCCGCCGACCGUCUAGCUCGCGCUGGCAACCCGGCGCAAGCGGCCCGCGUGCCUUCCAACUCCAAUGCGAACUCCCAGGACACCAACGCUAGCUCUGUGUCCAGCAACAACGACUCGGCUCCCAGCAGCAGCGCAUUCACGCCGCCAGCCAGCGCCAGCGAUGGUGGCACGAGUGGGGGGAAUGGCGAAGGGGCCAACACCAACAGUGCCAGCAGCCAGGAGUCGCAGCUACUGCAGCUCUCGCAAUUGGCUGCCGCCCAGGAGAAAAUGCCCGUUGACGCCGACAUGCUCACCAGCCCCGUCGGCCCUGGCUCCUCCCGGAAAAGAAUGGCCGACGGGGCCGUGAAACACACGCGCGACUCGUCCAGCGCGUCUCCCGUGUUUGGUGGCGUCAGUGGCGGCAACGGUGGCGGCCACUCCCGCAACCCUAGCUCAGUUAGCAUUGCGUCGACCGCAGGGAGCCGUAUCGGAGAGCUCUCUGCGGAGCUCAAGGCGCGUCUGUCGUACGCCAUGGUCAAAGUCAACAAUGGGUGGCAAUCCCACAACAUUGAGCAAGUCGAGACUCUUGCCUCUCGGGCCGCCUCGCCGAGCUCGACAGCCUCGACGCUUCACGGCCGCCAGGGGUCGUCGGCCAGUCCCCGCCUCCACAGCGCGUCCUCGCGGGGCACCGAUAGCACCUCUCCCACAGCAGGCGGCCCGGCACCUCUCCCUAGCGUGCAUCAGCGUCGCCAACACCACCGAUCUGGCUCUCUCGCGAGCAGGCCAUACGCUACUUCUGCAAUGUCACCACCCCCUCGUCUGAAGCCCGCCCCUUCCCUCGCACCUGCAGUCUCCAUACAGCCCUCACGCUCAGUGGUUCAUCCUCGGCGCAACUCAAACCCGGCAUUUACGCCUACGUUCUUGUCACAUUCCGGCCACUACGCAAGUCCCAGGACGCCCGCCGAUGCCAGCUCGAUGAAUGGCACGCCACGACAGACGACUGCGCGAACACCACUUGUUGACCCCAUCCUAUUCUCGCCCCAUCAAAACGUUCGCGAGCAGGACGCCAUAGAGUCCCUUCUUUUCAUGAGCAGUCCAGGAAACUCUGCAAACAUGAAGCACUCGUUCACGCCCUCGUCCUCCCAGCCGGUCGUGUCAACACGCACGGGGGCAACAGCAUCCGGGAGCCAGCGUACAGCCCUGCCAACGGGCCAGCCUAGGAAAAGCCUCCCUGCCGGGAGGCCACCGCCCAGCUCGCAGCCGACCAAGAGGGUCGGGUUCGACAAAUCGCCAAGCAAUCUGAGCGAGAUGGAUGUGGACGAUCAAUACAGCCCGCACGCAUCACGAGGAAAGCCGAGGCAAAGAACCAAUGGCGAUUUCCAUGCCCAUCCACGGCAGAAGAUGCCGCUCUCGGUUCCGUCGGGCCUCAGUGUGACAUCAAGACGACGCCCCGGCCUAGCAGAAGCCGAUAUUGACAAGAUGCUGGAUCGCUGCAUGGAUGAGGAGUCUUCGGACUCCGAGGGUGAGAUACAAAUUCCAGUUCGCCGGGAGGGGCCUGGCGUGGUGAGGACUUGAUGCGUUCCAAUCAUGAUAUCCACAUGCCUUUCCGCACCAGCAUUCCCAACCCACUACCCGGAUGCCUGCCUCUGAACUGCCCAAGGACACAUCACACAAGACAACUGUUUUGAUCGUUAGCAAAAAUCAUCACUUGCGGAGCAUUCUGAUCAUCUUUAUUUCUCGCCCCAUCGAACUGCCAGCCCAUCUGCAUUCUCUACUCCAUGCAUUGCAACGCCGUACAUAGCACACGCAGAUGCCUCCCAGCCAUCCCAUCUAAACGAGCAUGACUGCCUCCCUGUCAAGUCCAUCCCUAUCCAACUCCAGCCAUCCGCCCCUCAUACUUAGCGGGCUGAUAUGUGGGCAAUAUCUCUUCGCAUCUGUUUUUCGGCGCUGCCUUCACUGGCCAUCUCUCUUGCUUAUCUUCAUUGUCAACGGCUCUUUCGUCAUAUUUCCAUGUCUCGAUUUCUCCAUGUUUCAUACGAUGAUUACGAAUGGCAUCCAUUUUCUGAGUUCCUCAAAGGAUAUACUUUUCUAUGUCGUCCAUGCCAUCUGCUCUUCGCGGAUGAGGCUCGGUGCAUUCAUGGGGAUAACUGGCGUUGGCUCCACUGAUUCCAGGGUCAUUCACAUAUUAUCUCUUGUACGUCCUUUGCUUCUUUGCUUUCAUCAGUGUUGUUGACAAAUACAGUGGCAUGAAUCCCCUGUUCUCAUGAUGGACUCGCAUCAGCGUGCUUUCGCUAUUUCAUAUCUUGUCCUUCAGCACUGGAAUUUAGUGCUGGAACUCUCGAAUCUCCAAGUAGGGACGAUUGCGCAGAGCCGCAAGCCCAUUCGAACGUGUCAAAGUAGGCUCCUAGGUAGGUAUGUACCUAGGGAGACAUGUCUUCAAUAUAAUGGCAGUCAUAAAAGAUGACUUGAGACAGCAAGGGAUCGUAG